ACCAUUUUUGAGGUCCUUUCACAACAGCGAAUUUCCAGACGUGAUUUAACGAAACCUGUAAUUACUUCAUCACAACGGCAUUCCUCUGCAGCGAAAGUAAAUAUUUAGACAACGCAAAUGCAAAACGAUAAAUAAACAGUAAUGACGUCUCCUGUGCAAAAGUGAAAACAUAAUACCCUGAGCAUCCACUUCGGCUCGGGACUGCGGCUAUAGUGGAGCGGGACGUCAGUGUCGGGGGCACCGGGAGCUCGGCGGUGUCGGUUUCCAUACCUGCACUGGUGGCGGACGGCAUGGCUUCGGGCAAAGGAGCAUCCAGGGGCCCAUCGAUGUGGGACAACAUGCGGUUGCGCUUCAUCGUCUGUUUCCUGGGCGUCUUCGUGUGUUAUUUCUAUUAUGGAAUUCUACAAGAAACCAUUACAAGAGGUGAUUAUGGCCAUGGUGACCAAAAAGAAAAGUUUCGAUUUGCCAGGACGUUGGUGUUCAUCCAGUGCAUCAUCAACGCUCUGUUUGCCAGGAUAUUGAUUCAAUUUUUCGAGGGUCCCAAGCCGGACUUCACCAGGAGCUGGUUAUACGGCCUGUGUUCCCUCUCGUAUGUGGGAGCCAUGGUGUCCAGUAACUCUGCUCUACAGUAUGUCAACUACCCCACACAGGUGCUGGGAAAAUCUUGCAAGCCAAUUCCAGUGAUGAUCCUGGGGGUGACCAUCCUGAGGAAGCGCUACCCAAUGGCCAAAUACUUGUGUGUGCUUCUGAUCGUGAGCGGUGUGGCGCUCUUUCUCUACAAGCCCAACAAGAGCUCAGCGAUGGCGGACGACCACGUCUUUGGCUUUGGGGAGAUCCUCUUGCUGGUGUCAUUGACGCUGGAUGGCCUGACAGGCGUGGCCCAGGACCACAUGAGGUCCCGCUUCCAAACGAGCGCCAACCACAUGAUGCUCAACAUCAACCUGUGGUCCACUGUGCUCCUGGGAUUGGCUGUGCUGUGGACUGGUGAGGUGUGGGAGUUCCUGAGUUUUACGGAACGUUACCCGAGCAUCUUAUACAACAUCCUCCUCUUUGGAUUGACUAGCGCUUUGGGCCAGACCUUCAUCUUCAUGACGGUGGUUUACUUUGGACCGCUGACCUGCUCCAUCGUCACCACCACCAGGAAGUUCUUCACUAUCCUGGGCUCCGUCCUUCUCUUUGGGAACCAAAUGAGCGACAUGCAGUGGUUUGGUACCAUUCUGGUAUUCCUUGGUCUUGGAUUGGAUGCAAAAUUUGGCAAAGGACCCAAGAAGACAGUACAUUAAGAUACCGGAACACAAUCCACAAGCCGGAACCUUACUUCUCGUGCAGGAUGCAACUUCUAUGACCUCAUUUUUAAUUAAUACAAACUCUUCAGUUUUAACACAUUCAUCAAGGACAAAAAAAAUUGCAGGAUUUAAAGUCAUGAAUUUAACAAACCAUGACAUGUUGCUUGCUAAAUGUUUCAGUAUCACAUGUUCUUGGCCAAUAAUUAGCCAAGUAACUUGUCACUUAUGAAACAUACGUUUUGUUUGUCGUUUUGUGUUUUUGUUUUUUGGUACAAAUUAUCAAUCACUUUUAUUAAAGGGAAAACGUCACCUUU